ACAAAACGCAGCUUCUUCGUGAUUUCGCCAAUUUUCGCUAAAAAAUCGCAGUAAUGUGACGCGAAAUCGCCAAAUUUCCCAAAAAAUUUCCAUCGACACCAACUAAAGAGACAACCUGCCCUCAGCAAGUGCGGUUUUUUAUUGUAAAAGUUGCGAAAAAGAAUCAAUCUCAAAAUUCGAACAUCUUGCAUCAAAAAUAUUGCAAAACGCAUCAAGGUGCCUGGAAGCAGCACAAUUAUGUACAGCGGCGGAGAUCCGAGUCGACCAAAUAUGACGUUACCGGGCGGGCCAAUUCGCUUGAAUGCCAUCAAAGGGUUUCCUCCGCGCACAAAUAAUGUGAUUUAUUGUCCGCCAUUGAUCAAGUCGCCGAAAGAUCAGAUUCCGGGAGCUGUUGUGUAUUUCGGGGGUGAUGUUCAGGACGUCCCGGAAAACAUGGAAGGCAAUCGAGACACAAAAAGCUACAUGAAAUACAAUCUCGAGAACACGGCUGUCUUACUGCGCGAAGCAUUUCCAAAGUCACACAUUAUCGUUGUGCAACCUUAUAGAAUGGAAUACACCACAUUUAGUUGUUUUGACAAUUUUGUGCGCGGCAACUGCGCUGGAAUACCCGAUCACACGCCAAUGCACUACGCAUUGCAACAUUUGGAGGAAUUGCUGUCAAAUAUUUCGAAGAAACUCUCAAAACUCAUGUCGGAAUCGGAAUUGAUUAGUAAAUUAACGGCAAAUGGGACGUUUAGUAGUGCGGGAAAUCAGCAGCAGCAGCAACAACAAAAUUCGCCGAAUGACCAUUCAGCAGGACUGGAAAUGGAUAUUGAUAUCUUGCAGGUUCUUGAUGUGUCAGUUGACAUGCCAUUCAGAAAGGAAGAGAAUAAUUGUUCAAAUUCGGAGGCGACGACAACCACAGCAACAACAACAAGCACAACGACGACGACGACGACAUCAGCUGAGCCAAGUUCCUUAAAUAGCACGGCAACGACGACGCCUCUGCGGAUCUCGACAGACCGAACGACGACGACGGCAACGACGCAAGGAAAUGAAAAUAAUCAAGCACAAAAUAGCGAAAUACUUUGGUGGCGUGAUACUUUAAAUUUUGACAAGUGUAAUUUAGCGUUAGUCGGGUUCAGUAAGGGGUGUGUCGUGUUAAAUCAGUUUAUCUACGAAUUCCACUAUUUGAAGACAUUAACGCCGGAUGACAGCACAAUGAUGCGCCUCGUGUCACGAAUUAAGGACAUGUAUUGGCUCGAUGGAGGUCAUGGCGGCGGCAAAAAUACCUGGAUCACGUCACGAAGUCUUCUGGAAACGUUAUGUCGAUUAAAUAUCAACAUUCAUGUCCAUGUCACACCAUAUCAAGUUCAAGACGAUCACCGACCCUGGAUCCGCAAAGAGGAAAAAUCCUUCACGGAUUUACUGAAACGCCUUGGCGCAAGUCUCACGCGUCACUUGCAUGCCUCCGACUCGAACGUUUCCAACCUGUUUACGCACUUUGAGGUUUUGCAUGGCUUCAAAAAGUACCAUUUGCAAUUGCUGGCACAGCAGCAACAUCAGCAGGCAGUUGCGGCACUCGCUGCCGCCACCGCUGUCGAAAACUACAAAAAUAAUUCGUCAUCAUCGAACAAUAGCUCGUCGUCGGGCGAGGAGAGCGAAACAGACAAGUGACACGCAAACGACGAGUUUCGACAACAACAACAACAUUCUUUUGUUAGUAUUUUCGCGUAAAAAAAAGUGUUUUUCCCCCCAAAAGUGUGCAAAAAAAUGAUGUAAAGUUUUUUUUUACAUCAAUUCAGUACAAAAAAAAUAAAUCCUCCGGUAUUAAAUUUUUUUUCUCUAAAUUUUCUAAAAAAAAAAAAAUAAUAAAAAUGCCUCUCACUAAAAAAAAUUGUUACAGGAAAAAAAUCGCUUCAAACUUGAUGACGGAAAAAUGUUACCAUAGGUACAACGGUUUCGACAAAAAACAAGAAAAUUUUAAAUUCAAUAUAUUCUCACAAACAAAAUGCACAAAAAAAUAUUUCUUUAUCACACUCAACAAAAAAAAAACGGCUAUAACAAAAAAAAAAUGCUAAAAAUAUUGAAGAAACAUAUUGCAAUAUUUUGUAUUGUUCAAAUUUAAAUUAAAAAAUAAUUAAUUAAUUAAUUAAAAUUAAAAAAAUGAAACAAA